GCCUCAAGGCUGCAGCUCUUUUGGAAGAUGGCGACAGGAGUCCUUCAGAGAGUAGGCACCGGCUUGGCCCGGGCUAAAAGCGGGGCCCAGUCAGCCGGGCAGCUUCUCGUUUGGAGCAGAGGCUUUACUACAUCCAGCAUCACCAGAGAAGACAGCUGGUUCAAAUCACUCUUUGUCAGGAAAGUUGAUCCCAGGAAAGAUGCACACUCAACUCUACUGACCAAAAAUGAGGAAAGUAACCUCUACAAAAUCCAGUUCCACAAUGUAAAGCCGGAGUGCCUUGAUGCAUACAACAAACUCUGUGAAGAUGUCUUGCCCUCCAUCCAUGCUGAUAAGUACUACCCCUGUGAGCUGGUGGGCACCUGGAAUACUUGGUAUGGAGAACAGGACCAGGCUGUUCACCUGUGGCGUUAUAGAGGUGGUUACCCAGCUCUGACAGAGGUGAUGAACAAGCUACGUCAGAACAAGGAGUUCACCGAGUACAGGAAGGAGCGUGGAAAGAUGCUGCUAUCUCGCAGGAAUCAGCUUCUUCUGGAGUUCAGUUUCUGGAACGAGCCAGUACCCAGAGAGGGACCCAACAUCUACGAGCUCAGAUCCUACCAACUCAGGCCAGGAACAAUGAUCGAGUGGGGUAAUUACUGGGCUAGAGCUAUUGGAAUCCGCCAGCAUAACAGUGAAGCCGUCGGAGGGUUUUUCUCACAGAUCGGCAACCUCUACAUGGUUCAUCACCUCUGGGCCUACAAAGACCUUCAAUCCAGAGAGGACACAAGGAAUGGUGCAUGGCAGGAGGAAGGCUGGCACGAGGUGGUUUAUUAUACAGUUCCUCUUAUCCAGCAUAUGGAUUCCCGGAUUAUGAUCCCCACCAAGGCGUCACCGCUGAAGUAAAAAGACCAGAGCCUCUCGCAAGGCUGAGCAUCAAGUGGUACCCUUACGGAUGAGUAAUCCAAGAGCAUUACUUCAGAUUUUCUGUGCUGCCAAACGACAUGCCCCUUUUCUUUCAUCGUUUUUCUGAUGUCAGGAUUGUUAACUCGGUGAAAGAUAUAUGGACAGCAAAAGGAGUACAUUUACAUAUUCUGAUGGCCAUCAGUGGCAUAGCAUUGGAUUGCAGGGGCUAAACCUUUAAAAACCAGAGUAAUUGUAGUAUUUAUUGUAUGUUUCCCAGUUUGUGUUGCUGGCCCAAAAAGUAUGUGUUGUGGUUGUUACAGUCAUACUCAAAAUUAUUCAACCUCCAUUAUGAAUUACAUCUGCAAAAAGUACAAAAAUGUCAAUAGCCGGCUAGUGGAAAUAAAUUGUGUUGCGCUAUUUAAAUUAUUUUUCUUUGGCUCAUUGAAAAUACCAUCCAUCCAUUUUCUGAGCCGCUUCUCCUCACUAGGGUCGCGGGCGUGCUGGAGCCUAUCCCAGCUAUCAUCGGGCAGGAGGCGUGGUACACCCUGAACUGGUUGCCAGCCAAUCGCAGGGCACAUAUAAACAAACAACCAUUCGCACUCACAUUCAUACCUACGGGCAAUUUAGAGUUGUCAAUUAACCUCCCAUGCAUGUUUUUUUUUUUUUUUUUUUUGGGGGGGGGGGGAAGCGGCGUGCCCGGAGAAAACCCACAUAGGCACGGGGAGAACAUGCAAACUCCACACAGGCGGGGCCGGGGAUUGAACCCCGGUCCUCAGAACUGUGAGGCAGACGCUCUAACCAGUCGUCCACCGCGCUGCCCAUUGAAAAUACAAUUUUGCAAAUAUAAUUAACAAUAGGGGUUGAGUUGUUUUGACUGCAAGUGUAAUUCAGUAAUUGAAAGUAACUAUAUCGACAACCACGUACCCAUUAAGCUGAUGGUGCAGCAUACAAAGCAACACAACUCCCCAUAAGAUAAGAUGUGCAUUGCUGGGCAUCCAAAUGGACACAUCCUGCCAAUAUGCCUUACUACAAACUGUCAUGGCAAACAUUGGGUCAAGUCCUUUUUCAAUAUUAGGAUUUUAGGUAGGUCAACUUUGCUUUGACACGGGCCCUUGCAACUCCACUGCACUACACCACAGGCUGGUCAUUAAUUCAAACAUCUGCUCUUGCUACAUGUUAGCUAAGUCAUUGAUAAACAAAUUUAGAACCUACCAAAGUGACUUGAAAUUAUUUUUUAAAAAAGCAGCUGUAUGGUAUGUACAUGUUAAUACUCUUGAUCGUAUCAUAACUGCUGAAGCUCACUUUAGUGUGCAACACAGGCGGCUUUUAUUUAUUCAGUGUAACACAUUGUUAACUGUUUAAAUGUUAGCUGGAAUAACAGCUGAAGUUUGUGUUCCAAAGUUGACAGUAUCAAUGUUUGUUACAUAUCAGGAAGUUUAUUUUUGACUGAAAUGCAUCUUGUUUUGCUGUUUUUUCCUAAGUUGAUAUGUGGAUAGUUUUUACACCAUCAUGUUAUCAAGUUUUCUAGUCUUGUUUGUAAAUGUGACCUCCCCCCCACCACCCCACCCCUUUUGUGAACUAAGCAUGCCUUGUUUUAAAAUAUAUAUGAUAUAAGGUAUUUUCAGGGGGAUUAAUGAUGCCACAACAUUGGCAAUCAUACCACUAUAUUAUUGCCAGAUUUUAUCAAGAAAAAAACCAAAAUGUCUUUCUCGGGCAAUAAUGACACAAAAAUUAAAGAAAUUCAA